AGGACGGCACGAAUAAUUCUCACCCGGAAACGACAAACAAAUGAAAAUCUGGGACGUUCCCGUGUGGCACGCCCCACCAGCGCUAGCUGUCGCGGCUUCUUGUAGACCGAGAUCGACGUCUUCAGUCGGGAUUCUGAGACAUUCAUUUAGCACCGUGGCCCGUCGCGCCAGGCAACCUUCUCCCACGUUCGGCGCGUCUUGCCAGGUCAUCAAAAUUGGGCUCUAGCCUCUGGCGCAUCUCAUCACCAGAACUUGGGUUCGUACUUGCUAGUUCUUUGAAUUUGCGUCUGUGUAUGUCGCUGAUUGGAGUGCAUCGUGCUUCGUCAUGUCUUUGAGCACACUUGAAGGGGGCGCCAUCAUCGAUGAGAAGUGUGAGUGCCAGCCUACUUUCGAACACUUCCCCGGUGCGUCUCUUCUCAAAGGACUACCUGUUUCCGCGAACAUUGAGCGAUGGUGCUACCGCCACAGAUCGCGGGAUGGCAUCGAGCCAACGCUAGGGGUGAUCUACUUCGACACGGGUAGCGACGCGAAAGAGUACCUCCAGAUCAAAGCCGAGGUGGCUGCCAAGGCUGGUAUUCGAUAUAUAUCACACCGACUUCCACCUGAUGCGUCGGUCGACGAGACGCGCGACAAAAUCGCCGAAUUGAAUGGAGAUGAGAACACCCAUGGCAUUCUGAUCCAGCGACCUCUACCAGAUCAUCUCGAGGAACACGAAAUAAUGAACAGCAUCCACACGAAAAAGCACAUUGAGGAAUAUGCUAAGGGUUAUGCGGCCAAUAUCGCACUGGAUGGUCUGAGGCGGCUGCUCGACGUCUACCACAAGGCCUGGAUGCUCGACCUGACUAUCGUUCUGCUGGGAGGUACGAACAUCAUAACGCCAGGCUUCAAGGCGGACUUGCAACGACAUCUUCCCCAUGUCGAAAUCCUGGAGAUGCUCGGUGGGAAAAUUAGGGACAUCGAUUCCAAGCGUCACGUCAUUGUGAUGACGGAGCUUAACAAAGGUGGAAUCAUUAAACCGAGUAUGAUUGGGCCUGGGGUGAAGCUGGUAGUUGACUUGGGUUUCGACGUUGUGACCAAAACUGGUGACUUGGAUCCUGGGGUGCACGAUAUCAGCAAUCUUGUUGUUGUGCCUACUCCGGGAGGGGUGUUACCGGUCAUCAUUUGGGUCAUGAUGGAACGCACAAUCAAAUCGAAGGCACACCUAGAGUCCUCUCGGAACUGCUGUCUUUCCGGUGUGCAUUCUGUAUGUACGGUUUUUUAAGUACUACUCAUCAUGGCAUGCAAAGUACUUGAUCAAGCAUAGAUCUCCAAAUAUUAAUCACUAAUUCUAAACUCG